AUGAACUGCCAAAAAUGCCGAACACCUCUGAAGCUCGAUAGCUCGCUGCAAUACCUCAAUCCGGCAGCUUUCGACCUGUUGGUAGGAUCAACAGGCCAUUCCAAUGAUCAGGCAACCAGUACAUCUCGGGUACCAUACCCUCACGAACGCAAGGAUCUCUACAAUCAGGUAACCCAAGAUGCGACAUCUCCAGUGUUCAAAAGGGCCAUUCCUGCUGCUCGGCAGGCGUUCGGCCCCCAACCUGCGGUGGCUGCAUCAACGAAAGCCGGCUUGAAGGACAACCCGGCCAUGUCCUUCGUGAUGCUUACAGACUCGCAAGUCGUUCCUCCACAACAUACGUUGGAUGGUAACGAGGAAACGCGGAAGAAGCAGGGAUCAAGAGUAGCGCACAGUGCUGCAAAUGAAGCCUCCAACGAGCCAAAGCAAACACUGUCUCACCAGAUCGAGUCGACCACUCGACUCUUCGAGAUUCUCUCGUCCCACUCUGACAUAGAUCACCCUGUUUGUGCUGAGUGUACCGAUCUACUUCUGUCACAGCUUCAGAGUCGUCUUUCCGCGUCUACCAAAGAACGGGACGCCUAUAUUACUUUCCUAAAAACCAUCAACAACACCAUUCCGUCUUCAUCCGAGAUCUCAAAAGCUCAAGCGUCUCUUACUUCAUCCAAAGCCGCCGAAGCGAAGGCGUUUUCCGAGCUCUUGGCUCUUGAAAAGGAGAAAGCAGCCCUGGACGACGAGGUCGCGACCUUAGAAGCCGAAUCUCUCGCCCUGGAUGAGGAGGAGCAGGCUUUCUGGCGCUCCAGGAAUGCGUUUGCACUGACCUUGUCCACCCUCCAAGACGAUCGUGAUGCCCUCAAUGCUGCUUACGAUCAUGAUGCUCAGCAGCUGGAGCGCCUCGAAUUAACAAACGUCUACAAUGACACGUUUUGCAUUUACCACGACGGGCCCUUUGCUACAAUCAAUGGUCUGCGCCUCGGGCGUCUUCCGCCUCAGCUAAACGUAGAUUGGUCUGAGAUCAACGCUGCAUGGGGCACAGCUGCUUUACUUCUUGCGACAGUGGCCGAAAAGCUAGGAUUCACUUUUCGAGGCUACAGGAUCAAACCCAUGGGCAGUACCUCGAGGAUUGAGAAAAUAGAACAGGGAAGCUCUGCUUCGAGGCAAUCAACUUCCGGCAGAGUGACCAAUUUCGCUUCCAACCCCAACACGCACCAAGAACCUCAGCAACCCAAAAUCACCGCACUUGACCUGUUCUCGUCUGGCGAUCUUCCUCUAGGCAGGAUGCUGCUCCAUCGCCGCCUCGACGCAGGCAUGGUUGCCUUCCUUGAAUGUUUGCGUCAGCUUUGUGACUUUGUUGAGCAAUCCUCCCACCGAAUUCCCCACAAUUCCAACUUGCCUGUCAUUGACAGAGGUUCGCCUGCGAGUGAUGCAAAGGUAGCGAAGCUGAAGGUACCAUAUUCCAUCACAAAGGACAAGAUCGGGGACCCAGAAAAGCCUGAUCUGAUCGCAAGUAUCAAGCUUGGAGUCAGUCAGGAUGAGGCAUGGACUAGGGCGUACGCGCUUGGCGCGAAUACAUAUAUCCUCCGCACCAAGUAUUGGACCCUCGGUCUGGCAACCUCUUCCCUCCGUCUACCCUCGUCUUCAAUCAUAAAGAUACUUCACCGGGCGCUGUGGAGGCGCGCUCGAACGAUGUCCUCCAAGUCCCCUCCUCCAAUAGCGAACGGCCUUACGGCCGCGCCCAAAGAUCCCGAGAAAGAACGAAAGAAGGCCGAAAAGAUUCAAAAGUAUAACGAGAAGAAGGCGAAGGCGAAGGCUGCCAAUGCACAAGCUAUACAAGGCCCUUCGAAAACCAUGGCCAAAAAAGCCAAGCAGGAUACUUCCAUGGAUGAACCUUUACCGCCCUACAUAGAAAAGACACCGCCCGGGGACAAGAAGAUUUUGCAAUCACUGCAUGAUCCUCAUCACUUGAACUACAUCCCUAAGGUGGUAGAAUCCGGAUGGUACGACUGGUGGGAGAAGGAAGGCUACUUCAAGCCUGAGUUUGAGCCCGAUGGCAAAGUGAAAGAGAAAGGCUACUUCGUCAUUCCGGAACCUCCACCAAACGUAACUGGAGCUCUACACAUGGGCCACGCUCUCCCUAACGCUUUGCAAGAUAGCCUAAUAAGAUGGAACCGAAUGCGAGGGCUAACGACACUGUGGCUGCCCGGCUGUGACCAUGCCGGCAUUUCUACUCAGACAGUGGUCGAAAAGAUGCUGAUGAGGCGAGAAGGAAAGACGAGGCAUGACCUUGGCAGAAAAGCGCUGGUAGAGAGGAUAUGGGAUUGGAAAGAAGAGUACCAUCGCAAUAUCAACGGAGUGCUUCGGCGCAUGGGUGGUUCCUUCGACUGGACGAGGGAAGCCUUCACUAUGAAUGCAACCUUCUCAGCUGCUGUAACGGAAACUUUCGUAACGCUACACGAAGAAGGUCUCAUCUACCGGGCUAAUAGAUUGGUCAAUUGGUGUACUGCGCUUAAUACGACGCUCUCCAACCUUGAAGUAGAUAACUUAGAGUUGAAAAGUCGGACGAUGCUCGAUAUACCAGGGUAUAAGAAGAAGAUCGAGUUCGGGGUAAUCACUCAUUUUCUUUAUCAAAUUGAGGGAAGCGAGGAGACCAUAGAAGUGGCUACGACGCGGCCUGAGACCAUACUUGGUGAUACUGGCAUUGCAGUGCAUCCCAAAGACGAGCGAUACAAGCAUUUGGUGGGGAAGUGCGCGACACACCCCUUCCUUGGACGACCGAUACCCAUCGUCGCAGAUGAAUACGCGGAUCCAGAAAAAGGAACGGGUGCAGUGAAAAUCACACCAGCUCAUGACUUCAACGACUUUGAAGUUGGACGUAGGAACGGUCUAGAAUUCAUCAAUAUACUUAACGAUGAUGGUACUCUUAAUGACAACGCAGGAGACUUUCAAGGUAUGAAGCGGUUCGAUGCAAGGUAUAAGACCAUCGAAGCUCUCAAAGCCAAAGGGCUUUACGUCAAAUGGGAAGACAACGAGAUGAAGGUACCCAGAUGUCAAAAGUCGAAGGACGUCAUCGAGCCUCUCAUGAAGCCACAAUGGUGGUUGAAGAUGAAAGACGGGUUGGCACCUGCGGCGAUCAAGGCUGUAAGAAACGGCCAGAUCAAGAUCCGACCAGAGUCCGCAGAGAAGAACUAUUACUCGUGGAUGGAAAACAUCAAUGAUUGGUGUUUGUCGAGACAAUUAUGGUGGGGUCAUCAAGCUCCAGCAUACUUCAUCAACAUUGAGAACGAGACUGGUGAUGGGAGUGACGGAGAGCUAUGGAUCACUGGGAGGACAGAAGAAGCGGCAGAGGAGAAAGCGAAGGCUAAAUUUCCUAAUAAGAAGUUCACACUUACGAGGGAUCCGGACGUUCUCGACACGUGGUUCUCUUCUGGUCUAUGGCCAUUCGCGACAUUAGGCUGGCCUAACAAGACCCACGAUUUGGAGACUCUUUAUCCUACAUCUGUGCUUGAAACCGGCUGGGACAUCCUUUUCUUCUGGGUGGCUAGAAUGAUCAUGUUUGGCAUCAAAAUGACGGGGCAAAUUCCUUUCCGGGAAGUUUACUGCCAUUCCCUAGUCAGAGAUUCGGAGGGUAGGAAAAUGUCGAAAUCCCUGGGGAACGUUAUUGAUCCUCUCGAUGUGAUGGAGGGUAUCUCGCUUUCUAGUUUGCAUGAAAAGCUAGAAGCGGGAAAUCUUGAUCCAACAGAGGUCGAGAAGGCCAGGAAGACCCAAAAGACAACGUUUCCGGAUGGAAUACCAGAAUGUGGCGCAGACGCUUUACGAUUUUCUUUGGUCAAUUACACAACCGGAGGCGGUGAUAUCAACUUCGAUAUAAAGGUCAUGCAAGGCUACCGCAAGUUUUGUAAUAAGAUCUACCAAGCCACUAAAUACGUUCUUGGCAAACUCGACUCCUCCUUCAUCCCCCAAGGGCUGCCCACUAAAACCGGCCAAGAAUCGCUUGCAGAGCUGUGGAUCCUGCACAAACUUAACACCGCCGCCGCAGAGAUUCACACAGCGUUCACCCAACGGGAGUUUUCCCAAGCAACCUCGAUCACCUAUCAGUACUGGUAUAACCACCUUUGUGAUGUGUACAUUGAGAAUUCUAAGGCUAUACUACAAGCUGGUACUGCUUCGGAGCAAGAAUCGGCCAAACAAACCCUUUACACUGCCCUUGAAGGCGGGCUCACGAUGAUCCAUCCUUUCAUGCCCUUCCUGACCGAAGAACUCUGGCAGCGCCUACCCCGUCGUCCUGAAGAUAAGACACCUUCCAUCGUCAAAGCAGCCUACCCGCAAUAUAACGCCGAGCUCGACGACAGAGAUUCCGAAGAAGCCUACGAGCUUAUCAUGUCCGUCGCGAAAGCUAUACGCCAACUAGCAGCCGAGUACUUCAUCAAGGACUGCGCAACCACCCACAUCCAACUAUUCACCCCUUCCACCCUCUCAACCUGCGAAUCACAAAUCGCGGCCAUCAAGUCGUUGAGCGGAAAAGCUAUGCUGGGCGAGAAUGCAUCCAUCUCCAUCCUCUCGGCCACCGACUCGAAACCGGCUGGUUGCGUUGUGCAAUCCGUUUCUGCUUCCGCGGCCGUAUUUUUACUCGUCAAGGGCCGUAUAGAUAUUGACGCUGAGAUCAAAAAGGGGAAAGAGAAAUUAGCGGCUGCGCAAGAAGGAAUGGAGAAGAAGAAGAAGAUAGUCGGAGGCGAGGGGUGGGAGAAGAUGAGAGAGGACGCCCAGGAGACGGAGAGGAGGAAGUUGGCGAAUGCGGAGCAGGAGGUCAAGGUGCUGGAAGGGAGCGUGGAGCAGUUUGAAAGACUGAGGUUGGAAUGA